AUGUCAGCCUUGGUGGUGGUUAUGAUCGUAUUAAUGAUGAUGGAACAUGGAGUUGCACAGUCAAGCAACAACAAUACCAAUACGAACACACCCCUCAGAUUUUAUUGUGGCAGCAAUGAUGCAAUGUCUCCAACAAGUUUUUCCAGGAACCUCGAUUCUACCUUUUCUCAACUCAAAAGCCAAUUGUCCAACAAUGGUGUAUAUUAUGCCAGAGCCCAGAACUUGGAGAACGGGGAUGCUGUGUAUGGAAUCGCCCAAUGCAGGAACUACCUCUCGGCAGCCCGGUGUUUGGCUUGCUUUGAUGUCGCCGUGUCUGCAGUUGAACCCUGCGGUUCUGCAAACGGUGCUAGUGUCUUUCUCGAUGACUGCUUCCUCAGAUUUGAGAACUACGACCAGUUCUAUGAUGACCCCGAAGGUAGUUCGGACGUUUCUGUUGCUCCACUUGGAAUAUGUGGUAAUCAGUCAACGUCUCAGCUAAUAACAGUCUUCAACCAAGCGGUAGAAGAUUUAUUAUCAGACAUUCAAGUUGCUACGCCAAGAACUUCUGAUUUCUAUAUAGCAUCCACAAGGCAAGUCCCUAAUGGCAAUGCAACAGUUUAUGCAAUUGGACAGUGUGUUGAGAAUGUGAGCGAGAACAUUUGUAAGAACUGCUUGAGUACAGCAUAUAACAACUUAUACAGUUGUCUGCCCGCUGAUGAAGGAAGAGCUAUCAACGUAGGAUGUUUUAUGAGGUAUUCCGAGUUACCAUUUUUUCAGGAUAACCAAACAAUCAACCUCAUACCUUUCCUGGGUGAAGGGAGUUCAAGUAAAUCUGGAAUAAUCAUUGGUGUAAGUGGCAGUGCAGGGCUAUUUUUGCUUAUCCUUGCUGCUUUCUCCUUAUGGUAUCCACGAUGGAAAAAAUCUAAGGCUGUUGGAGAAGGCGCAAGAAGUUACAGUUACCAAAAUUUGAAACUAGCAACCAAUAAUUUUAGUGAAGAGUAUGUAGUAGGAAAAGGAGGUUUUGGCGAAGUAUUCAAGGCCAUUGUAGAUGGUGGGGUCGUAGUGGCAGUCAAGAAACUCCAUGUAGGGAGUAGAGCAAAAAAGGAAUUUGAGAAUGAAAUUAAGCUUAUAAGUAAUGUUCGUCACCGAAAUCUUAUCCUACAACUAGGUUGGUGUACUGAUGGGCCUGAGCUACUUCUUGUGCUAGAAUACAUGCCCCAAGGAAGCCUAGACAAGUUCUUAUGGGGUGAAAAAAGGGGACAACUAAAUUGGAAACAACGGUCUGACAUUAUCGUCGGGAUUGCAAAGGGUCUUGCCCAUCUACAUGGAGAAUUCCAUGUCAAGAUCAUUCAUAGAGAUAUAAAAUCAAGCAACAUUCUCCUUGACGAUGAUUUCCAACCAAAAAUUGCAGAUUUCGGGUUGGCUAGGUUUCAACCUGAGGAUGAAACCCAUGUUAGCACUCGGUUUGCUGGGACUAUGGGCUAUACGGCACCCGAAUAUGCAAACCGUGGACAUUUAUCAGAGAAAGUAGACGUUUACAGUUUUGGUAUUGUGGCCCUUGAAGUCAUUAGUGGUCGGAGGUGUAGUGACGUGAACUAUGAUGAGCCUCAAAUGGAAUACCUCCUUGAUCAGGCUUGGCAGUUGUACGAGAAAGGGACACAUGUUAAGUUGAUCGAUGAAUUAGUAGCUCCAAAUGAAUAUGAACAAGAAAAUGUGAUGAAGAUCGUAGAGAUUGCUCUAAUGUGCACUCAGUCACCAGCUUCUCUAAGACCAACCAUGUCUGAAGUUGUUUUAAUGAUGUACAGUGGGUCAAUGUUGGGGCAAAGACAUAUAUCCAAGCCUACCUUUAUUGAUGCCCAUAGAAGAAUCCACGUACGUGGAAAUUGAGGAUGCGUAUCAUAGGAGCUGCAA